AUGAUCUUAAUUAUAAAGAUAGCAAACAAAUUUACAACCACUGAAAUGAAUCCAAAUAAUUAAUUUGAAAGAAAAAUAGUACAAUUAGCAGAUGAUAAUUAUGGAACUAAUAGUUGUCUUACAUAUGGAUUAUGGUCAAAAUACAACCCACUUAGUGCAAUAGUUAAAGUUGGAUUGUAAGAAAUUUUCAAUAGUCAUUGCUAUCAUUUACAUAAUGCAAUGGAUUUUGAAUAAAAGAAUUUAAAUAUAGUUUAUUUUGAUUGCCUUAACUAUGAGACCAACCAAAUAAUAAAAACAGUUUAAUUUAUUAAUGAUUAGAACUAAUAGAUGAGAUUUGAUUUGGUCAUUGAUUCAUUUGAUUAUGAAAAUACUUGGUAUUUUUUGUAAGUGAUCAUUUGGCCAAAAUUAGAUAAGCUCUAGUUGAUAGUAACAAAGAAAUAGGAAGUAUUAUUAUAAACAACCAAAGAAAUUAAAACACUAAUAAAUGAUUUAAAUUUAAUAUUAACAUUUGGAAGUAAUUUAUAAGUACCUAAUUCUUAAAUACUUGAAAUAUCAUAAUUAUCCUAUUUUCCAGGUCCUAUAUGGUUAUAAAAAGUAUCAAUUUAAAGUCUAGAAUUUGAUUUUAAUUUCAUAGAUAAUCUUAAAGAGACAUAUGAAUAAAAUAUUGAGUCUUGUGUUUGUAAUAAAAAUGAAAAAUAUAAAAUGAAAGACUAGGACUUUAUAAAUUAAUAAUAAUACUAAUUUAUAUCGUAAAACUCUAAUUGUGAUUCUUUCAUUCUAAUAGGAUGGAUUAGAAUAAAAGAAAUUAAAGAUUCAUUUGAACUAUUUAGUUAUUAAUUAAUGAAGGUUUCAGCCAAUUUAUAAAAUCCUAGAUCAUAGAAUUAAAAUUUGUCUCCUUUUUAACUAUUUUAUCAUUUCACUCCAUAAUACAAUGAGAUAGAAAUUACUACAUAUAAUUAUACUUUUCCAGAUGUUUCAAUUGAUUUUCUAGAUGAUCCUUUUUUAUUAAAGAAAAAAUGGUAAAUAGAAAACUAAAUAACACUAUGGCAUUAUUUAAAAGUUGAAUUAUUAAAGUCUAAACUAAAAGUGGAAAUAACAUUCUAUAAUGAAAAGGAAAUUAAUUUAUAUAAUAUAGAAUAUGAUGUGUAUUAAUUUCAUAAUUUUCAGUUUUAAAUAUAAUAUGGAGAUUUGCAAAAAAUAUUCCCUCCUUAUUUAAUUGUUUAAGUGAGAAAUUUAGAAUUUUUUAAUUGUUAUAACGAACAAAUCAAAUUAAGCUGUCAUUUUAGUUGUUAAGACUGUGAUGGUCCAACAAAUAAGGAUUGUUUGUCUUGUUCAUAAGAAUCAAGAAGAAUCUAUCUUUCAUAACAUAAAGUCUGUAUAUGUCCAUAUGAUACUAUUGAUAAUGAAAAUUAAUGUUAAGAUUACAAAGAAUCCAAUAUAAAAUUGAUAAAAGAAGAAAUUAGAUAUAAAAAUAAAAAAUGUAAAUAUGGAUAAUUUUAGUAUGAUGGAGAUUGUUAUUAAUGGUAAAUUAUCAUGAAAUAUUUAGUCCUUCAAUAAUUAAGGAUAAUUUUAUUACUUGUUAUGAUUGUGUAAGUAAUCCAGAAAAGUGGUAUCUAUAUCCUAUCUGUUAAAAUGUGUUUGUUUUAAAAUCAAAUAUUAAUUUUGAGGAAACAUUAUAACCUACUAAUGAUGGUUAGUUUUAUUUUGAUGGAAUCUAACUUAAUUAAAUUCAUUAUACUAAUAUAUCACCUUGUGAUUAUGAUCUAUUUAAUCAGGAUGGAAUAUAUAAAGAAUUUUAAUUAGCAUAAAUUUAUUUUAGAGAAUUUUGUUAAUAAAUUUAUUUUGAUCUAUCCUAUUAAUAAUUUUGUUAUGAAUGCUUAAUUUUCAACUGUUAAAUUUGUUAAUUAAAUGUUGAUUCCUUUAAAUGUUUAAAGUGUGAAUAACAUUAUAUAUUAAUAGAUGAUAAUUGUAUCUAUGUAUAAGAAAUGUACAAAAAUAAUUAAUAAAUUUGUUUACCAUAAUAUUUUUAUUCAUUCGAAAAUUAAUGUAAAUUAUGUGAAAUCAAAAAUUGUAUUUAUUGUUUUGAAUAUUCUGAUCUAGAUUUGAAUUUAUGUUCAUUAUUGAAUAUAAUAUAAUCUGAAUUAUUAUUUCUAUCAAAUGUCAAAAUAGGUUGUGCACUUUGUGAAUAAGAUUAUCUAUUUGAUUUUACAUUAGGUUUAUGUUUACUCUAAAAACCUAAAAUAGAAAAUUGUUUAAGAUCUUUUAUAGAUAUAAAUAGUAAGGAAAAAUGUACUUUUUCAAAUAAUGAUGACUUUUCUAUUGCCCCUUAAAUAUCUAAUUGUGAUAAACUAAUUUCAAAUUGUUAAUAAUGUACUAUAGACGUUGAAAAAUAAAUCAAAUGUGUUAUGUGUCAAAACAAUUACAUUAUUGAAAAUAAUAAUUGCUACUAAAAUGAUGAUUUUGAUGUUAACACUUAAUUAAUUCAAAACUAUGUCAAUUAAAUUUAAGGUUUUUUACUUUAAUUUGUACCUUCACUUCAAUUAAGCGUUUAUAAUCCAUUUUUGAAUCCAUAUCCAAUUUCUAAUGAACCUUGUGAUCUUGAAUGUUUAUCGUGUGUUGAUUCUUAAUGUAAAUAAUGUCCCUUAAACUAUUACAAAAAACAAGUAAUAACAGAAUCAAGUACUAAAUGCUCCUAUUGUCCUCCAUUAUGUUAAGUAUGCAUUAAUCGUACAGAUGAAGAAAUUUAAGUAUAAAAAAUAAAUAUAAUAAAUAGAAUACUUCCCCAAAUUUCAUAGUCAAUGAUUAAAAUUAAAUCUAUACUAAGAAGUGUAUAUUUCCAUAUAGAGAUUCUCCAAUUAUUUAUGAUCCUUAUUCAAAUUUUAUUAAGUAUUGCUUUAAUAAUGAUUGUCAGGAUAAAUUUAUAUUUGAAAUUAUUCAUUAUUCUUGUGAUUAUUCAGGAUUUAAUCGAUAUUAUGAGUCUAAUAUCAAUACUUAAUAUUUUAAUCAAAUUGGAAUUGAAAAAUUAACCGUAAAUUUUACUUUUGGUAUCUCUUAAGAAUUAUGCUAUUAAUUUUUCCCAUUAAUCUUUUAGACUGAGUUGAAAAAAACAAUAUUUACCUUAUAAAAUGUAAAUCUUUAAUUAUAAUCAAAAAAAUAUUUGGAAUUAAUACUUGGGUUUACAAUUCAAUUUAAUGAUUUUGAUUAAAUUGAAAUUAGCAAUUUAGGCUUAGUAAUAGAUAACAAUUAUUAUUUACUGUUUAAUAAUAGGAAGAAUUAAAUUCAUUUAAUAAUUAAAAAUUUUACAAUUCUAAAUAGUACAAUAAACAACAUUAAUUCAUUAUUUGUAACAGAAGUAUUUGGUAAUAUAACUAUAAUAAAUUUUACUAUUUUGAACUCUAUAUUUCUAAAUUCAUCUAUUUUUAAUUUUCAAUAAUAAUAAUUAUUGGGAUCAAUAUAAAUAGCAUCAUUAUCAAUUAAAAAUUGUACAUUUAUAUAAUCUGCAUUAUUUAAAUUCUCCCAAAUCGAAUACUUUCUAUCAUUUAAACUAUUUAAUAUUUUUUAAUCUAAUUUAAGAAACUCAUCAAUAAUUAGUAUCUCAAACAAUUAACCUUUAUUAGGGUUUCUAUUUGGAGAAGAAUUAAAAAUAAAAAAUAAUAGUUUAGUUCACUCUUAUUUCAUAAAUAGCACUGUUUAAAUAACAAUUAGUAUAAAGAACUUCGACUUAUGUUUUAAUUAUUUAAAAAAUUCAACUAUUAUUGCGGUUAGUUAUUAAAUUUCAAUCAACUAAAUAAUAAUUUCAGAAAAUUUAUUUGUUUAUUCUUAAUUCCUAUUUAUUACAUAAAUAACAUUUAAGAAUUAAUUUAUUUGCAAUAUAAAUAAUUUGGAUAUUAUUUAAAAUGAAUUAUAAACUGCAAAUAUAAUUCUCAUAUUUUCUACUUUUUAAACAAAUUCCUUAUUAAUUAAAUUAAUAAAUUUCAAUAUUAAAUAAAAUUCUUAAUAUUCUAUAGAGAUUUAUAUAAUUUAUCUUAAAUUUAAUUGA